CGUUUAUUAUCUAUCAGCCAAUCAUGGCCCGUUGUCCCAGAAUACAUUGCAUCACAAACUGCACGCGCGAACUAUGUACACUGUAGUGAGGUAUUGUUGGAAACUGCGCGAUUUAAACUUCACUGAAGGCAUAAACUACCGGUAAAUCUUGGAGCUUAAGAGGCCAGUAAUGACCACAAGCAACAGCUGUUCAAUACUUCAAGAUGUCGUUGCCUAUGUUGAUGUGUGGUCAUCAGACAAAACAGCAAACUAUUCAAAGCCAUUUGUUCAGCAGCUGCAAAAAAUGGGAGCUCAGGUAUCAAAAACAUUCACUAAACAAGUCACACAUGUAGUCUUCAACAAUGGCCAUCCAGCUACAUGGAGGAAAGCCAAGAAAAGUGAUGUGAGGCUCGUCUCGGUUCUCUGGGUGGGCAGAUGUUACGAUGACGGUGUGCGUGUGGAUGAGGAGUUGUAUCCAGCCAUGGAUGAAACUAAUCCAGUUUUAAAGAAUAAGAAACAUCGUUGCAUGCAGCCUAAAGAUUCUCCAGAGAGGACACCUGAAAAUGACAGACGCAUGAGGAGAAAAUUAGACAAGAUGAUGAAAGACUUAGCUCCAAAACAACCUCUUGUUGCAGAUGUGUCACCUAUCAUUAUUGAUGAAGAGAAUGGAAUAGUCUAUAGCCCUGCAUUGAAAAGAUCAGACUACAUGGCACAACGUUUGAAAGACAUGAAAGAGAAACGGGAAAACCUCUCGCCCACAGCUUCACAAAUGAUAGAAUCCUGCUCACCCACCAGCCCGAAACUUUCCCUUGGGAGCACACCAACUGUCCUCAAAUUAAUGUACGACCAGUCAGAUGAGGAUUCCAGUGCUUCUGCUGCUGAACCUGCCUACUCACCUGAUAAGGAAGAAGGGAGAACACAACAUGAAAAUACUGACCAUGACCAUCUUGAACAGCGGCACAGGAAAACCUCUGAGAAGCCCUGGUUGUCCCCCUCCAGUGAUGUGCCAAAAAGGAUUUCAAGUGCUGUGAAAUGUCCUGAUUUCAGUGACAAAGAGGACAAACACAGGACUGGACCAACAAAGUCACAAAGGACCUCAGUCAGAAAAAAGUCAGCAGAGAAACGCAGAUCUGUAGGUUUAAUAGAGAGCCCUCGCUGGGGUAAGGAAUCUGAAAGCAGCGCGAACUUUAUUGAAGAAAAAAGGCGAUCAAGCCCAUCACCUAGCAAAUCUGAAAAGGGAAAAAGAAGAAUAAAAGCAACUAAAUCUUUUACAGAGACUAAGACCCGUUUUUCCCCUGACGCUGUGAACUCUUCUAGUGGUGUCUCAUCGUUGCCAAAGUUCGAUGAUGCUGCAGAUCUGUCAAAAGAAACUUCUUCUCCAUUACAGAAAAUGAAAGAGAAAACACCCAAACCUGCCAGACCAUCAUUUUCUGCGUUGAUACGAUCUUUCACUCCAUCAGGUGAUUCUAAAUGUGUUGCCUCAGUUUCCAUGGAUGGAGACGAUGAUGUGUUUGAGGACUAUUUCUCCCCAGCUAACCACCACCAGCGAUCAAAAAGACCUCUUUUGCCUUAUGUACCUGUCAAGGGAGAGACUGAGAUCCCUUUUGAGUUGGAUCCUGUUCCUAAGAAGAGAAAACAAAGAAGAAGUGAAAGCACUGGAUCUGAACAUAACACUAAAAAGAAGAAGAAACUGGAAGGAAGUCAGACAGGCAAAAAUCACGAUCAACAGUCUGAUGCAGGCAGCGAGCCUCAAAGUAAUCUUCAACAGGAUUUGAAAGAACCUGUAGACAGUCAAAGUGUUAAUGUUACGCUUGUGGCUAAAAGGCGAAGACAAAGCACCUUGCCAUUUACGCGCACCAGUACAACAAGUGAUGCAGCAAAACAUAGAAGAGCAUCUACGUCAGUACUACCAACAGUGGUAACGGAGGAUAGCGCAGUGUCGGAGCUGCAGAAAAGCUCUGAUGUCUGUGUCCUUUCUCGUACCUUGCAAAUGUGUGGUAGACUGGCACUGUGUCCAGGGGGUGACUUGGAUCUCACCCAGAGCAUACUGAGGCACGAUCCCCAAGACCCUGAGCAGGGUAGAGGAAAUGAAUGUACAGUUGCAGUUGGUUCAGCUGAGAGCCCCUCUGAAGGUGAAGAAAAUCACAAUAAGCAAGUCAGCUUGAGUCUUCAGAGAAUGGUCAACAAAACAAAGGCCAUGAGAACAUUGGUCAUGACAAGCAUGCCCACUGAAAAGCAACAUAUAGUGGGACAGCUGGUGAAAGCCCUUGGCGGGUUUUCAAUUGUUGACCAAGUUUGUGAGACCACAACUCAUGUGGUGUCUGGUGGUCACAGACGGACUGUCAAUAUUCUGUUGGGCAUCGCUCGCGGCUGCUGGAUCCUCUCUUUUGAAUGGAUUCUCUGGUGUUUGGAACAAGGGCAGUGGAUUCCUGAGGAACCGUACGAACUUUCAGACCAAUUCCCUGCGGCACAGAUCUGUCGUCUCCAGAGGCACCUGUCUGCCGGGGAGCACCAGCAGGACCUGUUUCAAAACCAGCCCACUAUGUUUGUGUCCCAGCACUCCCAGCCGCCCACUCAUAGUCUGGUGGAGCUGAUCCAGCUUUGUGGAGGAACAGUCUGCAAAACUGUGCGGCAGGCGGGUAUCUGUAUAGGGAAAUACAGCGGCAGGAGACCAGAGGGAAGCAGGAUCUUGUCUGAGCAGUGGGUUCUGGAUAGCAUCACACACUUGAAGCAGCUGUCAUAUGAUAACUACGACUUGGAGUGAGGUUCCUUUUUUUUAUGUGAUGUUGUGUUUUAUUAGUUUUAUGAUGGACAGUGCCUGGUCACAUAACCUCAGUUUCUAUCUUUCAGUGUUGCUUUUGUGCAAGUUUAUCAUCUUGCUUUACCAUUGUGUUCAGAGGCUGUGCAUAAAUCCUCUCAAAUAUUCCCUUUUCGAAGGAAAUUUGGAAACAUGUUACUUCCUCUUGACCAUUCAACAACCAUUUAACUUACUGUGAAACAUGGAAAACUGCUUUGACAUAGUGUAUGUCAAUCCUUUAUUGUUUGCAUUGUUUUUUUGUUUUUUUUUUCCAUAAAGUAGUAGUCACUACUGCAUAACAGUGUCUUAUUCACAAGAUAUGAGAUUGAGCCAGACUGAAUUUGAUUUCUAAUGAUGUGAUUUUUAAAAGUACUUACUGAGCCAGUUCAACACUCUAAUGGAGAUAACAUAUUCUUGUGUAUCCACAAAUCCUUCUAGAAAUGUUUUAUGUCAUUGUUAAUAAAGGCUUUUUAA